AUGGCCCAGCCAACCCUCGCAUUCCGCGAGGCUACUACCACCGACGUUCCCGAUCUUCUGCCUCUCAUCCGCACAGCAUACCGUGGCAACCAAGGAUGGACCAACGAAUCUGCCUACCUCAAUGACAAACGCAUCUCCCCCGCAGACCUUGAAUCCAAGAUCAAUGCCCCUGACGGCCUGGUCCUCAUCACCCACGACGCCGCGACGGGUGAGCUCGUCGCCUGCUGUGAGCUCCAGCACCGCCCCGCCGGCGACGGCAAGCCCAGCACCGGUUACUUUGGGCUGUUCGCCGUCGAUCCCAACAAACAGGGCGGUGGGUUGGGGAGGCAGGUUCUUGCGAGAGCCGAGGCGCAUGCGAAGGAGAAGUGGGCUGUCGAAAAGAUGGAAAUGUAUGUCUUGUGGAUGAGGGAUGAACUCAUCGACUGGUAUGUCAGGAGGGGCUAUGAGCGCACCGAUGAGAGGGGGGACUUCCCCUACGAGCAUGUGUUUGAGGGCCAGGCGCUUCGCGACGACCUCUACUUUAUUAUCUUGAGGAAGGAUCUCACCAACGUCAAUGGCAUGGCAGCAGCAUGA